CAUAAAUAGACUCUGCAGUUAUCAUUAAAAGAAAUUAAUAUGAUUGGUAUGGAUUCAUAGAAUAAGAAAGUUGAAGAUAGGUUUUUAUGCGUGGAUUGUAUUGCUGAAAACCCAUAAACCGAAUAUUAGACUAUUUAAAUGUGGAUAAGUAAUUAGAAGAAAUUCAGCACAGAAACUGAAAGGCUAUUAAAAGUAUACAGUCCGUUCAAAAAAGUUCGAUGUCAGUCAUCUCCGACCAUUCAAAUGUCUCCCAAGAGCCUUUACUUAGGACCCUCAUUUCUCACCAUCUAGCUUUUAAGGGAGCUCAGGUUUCAUAACGUCCCCCAAGCUUAUCCCACCUCCGCCUACUUUGAUUUACUCAAUGGAACAUAACCACCCCCUAUGCUGUACAAGACCCCCUAGGACAUUACUCUUUCGAACCCUAGGUGAAUCAAGCCUCGACAUAGAGUUUGUUACAUAUCCAUCUUGUAAAUCACCC